AUUCAGCCAGUCACCGUUCGGUCAACGCACAGUCGACAUUCGCGCUACGCGCAGUUCACAUAUUUUCCCGCCGCGAAUUUGAACGACGCGUACCAAAUUCAAAACUUAGUUCCUUUUACAAAUUUUAUUAAAAACGAUUCAAAUAAUGCCUAAAAAGAAAUAACUUUAUGGUUUUCUUAUAUUUUCGCGCGAAUAUUUAAUGGAAUAUGUGCUAAAAUUGUGAAAUCGUGCUAAUGACAUUGCGGACUGCAAGCUCACUGUGCCGUUUUCGCAAAUAAAAAUUCUGUGAUAAAAUUGCUGUGAAACUUUGUACCAGUGUUUGACAUUAUUAAUUCAUAGUUGGUUUCGUGAAUUUAUUUUCGCGAAACGCUUUACAUAAAUUUUCUUUAUGAUAGGUCCAUAUAUGAAGUGUCAACAUUUUUACCCCAAACAUUAUGAUUUACAAAUGGAUAUUAUGAUAAGAGUGAAGUGUUGCCAAGAAACUAAAAAUCCAAAGUGACGAAGUGCCCCAGGUGUCUGUAGUGCUGCGUUCCGUUAGUUUCAAUUGUCCAGAAUGUCAGACAAGACCACGUCGUCGGUGGGCCCGAGGAGUUUCGAGACGAUAUCAGAGGAGGACUUUGCGUCGCCGUUCGAGAAGUUGUUGGGUGACGUGUUGCCGGUGGUUCCUACUAUAGUGAAGACGAAUGCUUCGAGCACGACGGUGUCCAGACUAGGGGACGAGGUGUCGGGGCAUCCGGGAGCGGAUUUGGAAGCGAAGUUGACCCGCUCGAAGAGUCUGAACCAGAGAAGGAACAGCAGCAAUGGCCUGCUCAGCUCGAUUCCCCGGCAGCUCCGGCUGUCCCUACGCGGCGUCCGCAGCGAACCCUCCAGUGUCAAAGAUAUACCGACCACCAGGAAUGAUAGUGCCCUCAACCUUCUUCUUAAAUACCGCACACCCCGCUAUGCAGCGCGGCGAGUCAGGAAGCGUGUGAUCUUCAAGCACGGGGACUGCAACGUCGUGCAAUGGAACGUGGCCAAACGCAGGCGCCGAUACCUCCAGGACAUCUUCACUACCCUCGUCGACGCUCAGUGGCGUUGGACGCUCAUGGUCUUUGCACUCUCCUUCAUCCUCUCCUGGCUCCUGUUUGCACUCAUCUGGUGGCUCAUCAUCUUCACCCAUGGCGACCUAAGCCCCCAAACCAACCCUAACGUCACCUUCACUCCUUGUCUCAAUAAUGUUAAUACCUUCACCGGGUGCUUCCUCUUUUCCGUCGAGACCCAGCACACGAUAGGAUAUGGAUCCAGAACUACAAAUGAGGAAUGCCCUGAGGCUAUCUUCGUUAUGUGUUUACAGAGUAUUGUAGGCGUCUUCAUUCAAGCUUUUAUGGUGGGAAUCGUGUUCGCAAAGCUCUCUAGACCAAAGAAACGAGCCCAGACCCUGUUGUACUCCCGCAACGCCGUCAUUUGCUUAAGAGACGGCCAACUGUGCCUUAUGUUCCGAGUCGGCGACAUGAGAAAAUCACAUAUUGUCGAAGCCCAUAUAAGAGCACAGAUAAUCCGCCGCAAGGUGGGUCUUAUAUUCGCAAAGCUGGCUCGCGCCAAAAAACGUAACACCACGCUCCUGUUCUCCAGGAACGCGGUCAUUUGCUUAAGGGAUGGGGAAUUUUGUCUUCUUUUCCGCGUCGGAGAUAUCCGCAAGUCACAUAUUCUCGAAGCUCACGUUCGCGCCCAGAUAAUACGUAAAAAGAUAACCAGGGAAGGCGAGGUGCUGCCAUUCUACCAGCAGGAAUUGAAGGUUGGGGCUGAUGGGGAAGAAGACAGGCUGAUGUUCAUUUGGCCCAUGACCAUAGUCCACAAAAUUAAUGAAAAGUCCCCGUUGUACAACCUCUCAGCUUCGGAUAUGCUCAGGGAGAGAUUCGAAAUCGUUGUCAUGUUGGAGGGAGUGAUCGAGUCGACAGGCAUGACGACCCAGGCUAGAAGCAGUUUCCUCCCGUCGGAGAUCCUGUGGGGGCACCGCUUCGAGACCAUGGUCACCUUCAGAAAGGAAACGGGAGAAUAUGAAGUUGAUUACACCAGAUUCAACAACACCUACGAGGUGGACACCCCUUUGUGCUCGGCCAAGCAGCUCGACGAUCUGCGAACCACGGUCUCCACGUCACAAAAGCUUGACCGCUUGCUUGGCACCAUCCCAAAGACCUUCUCAAACGAUACGCUAGACAUGAGCUCGGUAGAUUCCAUGUCCAUCGACGAGCACAUCGAAAUCAAAAUCCCGGAAGCGAGAGCUAGAGAAAACAGAAUCAUGGCGCAAAACAACUUUGUCCAACAUAUAAACGAAAAGUCUAGAAACCCAAGUCACACUCAUUUAGCUGUAGAAAAUGGCGAUCACCCUAAGAAUCAGGAAAGGCAAUCAGAGUCUCGUGAAGGCCAUAUCCACAGAAGCCACAGUCACGCCAGUAUGAAGAGAGUCCAUGGUCUGACCCCGAACGGAGUCAACCACAUGGUCAACGGCCAUGACCACAAACUUGAGGAGCGCGACCGAAUGAAAAAAUCCCCCAGCAGCACUCACAUCGAGGAGAAGACUCCGGUGAUCCCGAUCCUGGUGACGUCAGCGGAGGCCGAGCCGGCUUGACCCGUGCGACCCCUUACAAACAGCAACCGCUACUGCAACUGUUAUGUCAACCGCUACUGCAACUGGGACAGCAACCGCUACUGCAACUGUUACAGCAACCGCUACUGCAACUGUAUUGGCAACAGCAAACGUAACCGCGUGAGGUUCGCAAGCGGCAUUGAGAACAUUCAAAUUGAUGGAGAAUAGAAAUAGGCAGCUUCGUAAUGCUAUGAAUAUUUGAUAAAAUUUUUUGUCUAUCACAAUUUGUAGAUACUUAAGUAUACAGGAUGUUUUGUAUUUGCUCACUCAAAAUCACUGGAAAUAUUUAUUCAAUUUGACUUCACAGUGAUUUCAUAGCUUCUUAGUUUUCUUAUCAGUAAUUUUAAAAGACAUGUUUUUUGUACUUUUUCAUUAUAUUUUUUUAUUGAUAAAUUUAUAAACCUAAAACUUUGAAAGUCUAAGAAGUUGUAAUUAAUAAGUAGGUACUAAUUUGUAUUAAAAUACGACUGUUAAAAUUAAUACUAUUUGUUAUCAAAUUGUAUUUAUUACAAACUUAGAUGAAAUUUUAAAUUAGAUAUAUUUGCUCGGAUCAAGUACCUUAGAAUAGUUUUUCUGAAGACUACUCUACUAUCUAAUGUAUUUCGAAGGACUUUAUGCCAUUAUGUCUUUUUGUUUCUACUGCUUCACCAAAAUUGAAAGUGACAUCAAUGUAUCAGAUAGGGUUGUAUUUAGUAGGACAAGUAUUUAUUUAGUUGAUUUAGCUUAUUCAAAGCAGAGACGGUAAGUAAUCGAUGAAGAAAAGCUUUAAACCUAUCUAGCAUUGACAUCCUUGUAAGAACCUGAGGAACAGUAAGUCUAAGUAAGAUUUAAAUAUCCUAUACCUGUAGUUAUUUGCUGCACGAGCAAAAUGUAAUAGAAAAGGUCGCUAACCCGUUCGUUCAUAUUUGAAUUAGAGACUCUAAAGACCAUGACAAAAAAAUACUGUAAACAAUGUCUGUAGGUAUAUUGUAAAAUAUAUCUAGAAUUGAGAAUCUUAGUUGUAGUUAUAUCAUGUACUUAUAUUAGACAAAAUAAACUGAUGGAUUAAAUCCUGAGUGCAAAUAUAAUGAAGUAGUAAAAUUUAAGGGAGAACUCCUUUGUUUUAGAAAUAACCUAAAAUUAUAAUUUGAAAUUUCGAAUGUUAUGUUUAUAAUCAAACUGGAACUAACCAGCAACAAAAUUCGUAAUAUCGUUAUUAAGUUUUCUUUAAAAAUAUUCCAAAUUCAAACUGUGCCUUGAUUUGUUUUUAAUUUUUGGGUGCUUUUUUAUUUACGAUUUUAUUGGUUAGAUUUUCUGUAUCAUUACUAAAAUUUUAUAUUAUGUCAUUUAUGGAAAUUUCUUUAAUAAAGUUGAGUUACCGUGUUGUGAAAGAGAGAUUGAUGUAAGUAGGAAUCACAAUAAAUGCCUGAGGUAAUCUUGUAUUACAUUGUGGUAAAAGUAUUCGAAAAAUAUUUAUUGAAAAUGUGAUACUUAUUGCUAUUUAAUAAAUUUCUAAAUUAUUCGGCUUCCAAUUAAGCGUUUUCUAUGAUAAUGUAUUAAUGUAAGUUAGAUUUGCUUUCAAAUUUCGUAAUUAAAUAAUAAAUAUUAUAUAUUUUUAUAUCAUAGAUGACUUUAAUACAUAAUGUUUACAUAGGUUAAGUAUUUUGUAGUACGCAAUUAAGUAAAUAUGAUUUUACAUACCCAUAAUUGCGAACUAAUAAAACACUCAACUUUUUUGUAAUACUUAACAGAAUUUACAUUUUUGUAUUGAUAGUUUGUACCUUGUCCUUAAUAUAUAGCUGACAAGAACCGUAAAAAGAGCAUAUUAUUCAAACGCCAUUGAGACACAAUUUUAAUUCGAAAAAAUAUCGAUACCUUUUUCAAAAUAGUGACGAAAUGUAAUAAUACUAUUUAUUUAUGUAUUUUUAUGCAGAUCAUUUAAAAUUAAAGACGCAUUGCAAUGAAUUCUAUGAAAGUAAGUUGUUCCUAGUGCUUUCUAAAGUGUUGAGUAAAGGCGAAAGCCUGGCUCAGCGGCGCGGGCGCCGCUAAUCGCUUGUAUUUUCCUAAAGAGAACUUGACAAAUAAAAUGUAUUUUAAA